AUGGCACAGCGAGGAACUCAGCUGGACUCUGAAAAAUUCUCCUGUUCCAUCUGCCUGGAUCUACUGAAGGAUCCGGUGACUCUUCCCUGUGGUCACAGCUACUGCAUGAGCUGUAUUCAAAGCUGCUGGGAUGGAGAUGACCAGAGGAGAAUCUACAGCUGCCCACAGUGCAGACAGAUCUUCUUCCCAAGGCCUGUCCUGGUGAAAAACACCAUGUUAGCAGAGUUAGUGGAGGAUCUGAAGAAGUCGGGACUCCAAGCUGCUCCUCCUGAUGGUGGCUAUGCUGGACCUGGAGAUCUGGCCUGUGAUGUCUGCACUGGGAGAAAGCUGAAAGCCCUCAAGUCCUGCCUGGUGUGUCUGGUCUCUUACUGCCAGCAGCACCUCCAGCCUCACUACGAAGUAGCCCAGUUAAACAAACACAAGCUGGUGGAACCCACUGUAAAACUUCAGGAGAACCUCUGCUCUUGUCACGAUGAGGUGAUGAAGAUCUUCUGCCGCACUGAUCAGCAGUGCAUCUGUUAUCUCUGCUCCAUGGAGGAACAUAAAGGCCACGACACAGUCUCAGCUUCAGCAGAAAGAACUGAGAGGCAAAAAGAGCUCGGGGAGAGCCGGAAAAAAAUUCAGCGAAGAAUCCAGGACAGAGAGAGAGACUUGAAGGUGCUUCAGCAGGAGGUGGAGGCCAUCAAUCGCUCUGCUGAUGGAGCAGUAGAGAACAGUGAGAAGAUCUUCAGCGAGCUGCUCCGUCUGCUUGAGAAAAGAAGGUCUGAUGUGAAGCAGCAGAUCAGAUCCCAGCAGGAAGCCGAAAUGAGUUGUGCUGAGGAACUGGAGGAGAAGAUGAAGCAGGAGAUCGCUGAGCUGAGGAGGAAAGACGCUGAGCUGGUGCAGCUCUCACACACAGAGAAUCAUACACAUUUCCUACAAGUCAGAACAGUAAAGAAA